AUGCACUUCCGCACUGUGCCUCGCACAUGGAGGCUGCUGCUGCUAGUGGCCACUGUGGGAAGGCUGUGCUGGCAGGGCACGACGCUCUGUUUGGUGCUUGGGGGCGUCCACCCACCGCGCAAUGCAGGCACAAAGCAUCAGCUGAGCCGAGAUGCCGGCAAAGGGUAUGGCGUGCUCCGCCAGCUGCUUCAGCUUCAGGAAGACUUUCUGUCGCUGCCACGGACGAAGGAGUUUGUUCUCGAUCGUGGCUGGCCUGACUCCAGCUCCGUCGAUGUGGACGAGUUCUUGCGAAAGCAGAAGGAAUGGACCCUCGACGGCCGUCUUCCAGCCGUUUUCGACGUGAGAUCUCCUGGGGAGUUUGCCGCCGGGCACAUCCCUGGUGCCACGAACUUGCCCCUGCUGGAUGAUGACGAGAGGGCUGCCGUCGGCACUACAUUCGCCAAUCUAGGUGGGCCGAACCUCUUUUCUAUGCAGCGCGGCAGUCAGCAAGCAUAG